CUACUGAGGCCGCUUUUAGAGAAAUUAUUUAUAAAGGCUUUACUGAAUCUUCUGAAACAUUAAUUGAAGAAUUCGAGAGCAACUUCAUUGUACUUAUAAUUGGACAAUAUGUUUAUGAUGAAAAUAUAGAAUAUAUUACUGUCCCGAUCUUGUACUUUCCAGAUGAUUCAACUAUUAAGAUUGAGGAUCUUCCUUAUUCUUAUUCACUGUUAAUUUAUUCUGCUCCUGCCAUGAUUAAUUCUUACCAAACUAAUGAUGAGGUUGGGAGACAAAGCUUCAUGCUAUCAAG